AAACGUCCUGCCUGCGUGCCCGCGCUGAGCCGGGCACAUAUCUCGCGCAAGACAGGCCAUGUCUUGCUUGUCACACAUCUUGUGACAGCCGCUCGUUUGCCUUUCCCCACCGUGCUACACAGCAGCAGCAGCAGUGGUAAGUAAGCGCAGCGGCGAGGAGGCAUAUGCACUGCCCUCCCCCGGCGACUGAAGCCCAUGGCCGUCCUGUUUGCUCCUGCCUCGCCCACCGUCUCCGCCCCCAAUGUCCGCCGCAAUCACACCGCCGCCCGCUCAGCUGCCGGGCUGAUCAACGAGACCGCCAUCGCCCUGCUGCCCAGCAGUGCGGAUGACUUUGCGGGCGCGCAGGUGACAGUGCCAGACAUGAACCUGCUCGCGGAUGGUGCACCAACGAGUCCUGCACCGCGACCACCUCGACCAGCGACGGGCCUCCGCCUGCCUUCAUUUGAGCUCUUGGGUAUUGCCGCACCGCACCCGGAUCGUUUUGGCAGCCUCGCCUUCCACGACCACGACCCUACGAUGCCUGCCGCCCUCGACGGGCACCAUGCGGGCGGACAUGCAAUGCUGCCUGACAUGGACUCGCUGAAAAUCGAAUCUCCCUUAGCCGCAUCGCCCACGAAGCCCAAACUUCCCCCGGGCCUCGUGCAAACGCCUUUUCGACACGAUGUCGCUACUCUCACACCGCCCGCCGAAGCUGCUGAGCCUGCAUGGCAUCCUGCAAUCCUCGCCCACCUCUCCGACUCGUCCAUGGGAUCGCGGCCUGUCGAGCCAUGCCGCUUGACUUCAACACCGGUACGUCUUGCUGGGGAACGCCCUGUCGUCGUUGCUGCAGGUGGAGAGGCAGCGCCAGAGUCCAGCGAAAGCGUGCAUCCAGCGAGUCAUUCGCAGAGCCAUAGCCCGACCGAUGCAGAUUCAACCUGGAUUGACGGAGCUGUCAAUGUGCUCGUCUCCAACGUCCGAAGCGCGCUCCUCCCGAACAACCCAUUGCGAGUCCUCUCACACGCCUUGCCUGCGCCCUCGACCGGGCACACCUACACCAAAAUCAUUGAGCGAAUUGGCGCCGUGACACCCUCCAAUCCGCCCACGUGGAUCAACGUCUUUCACGCCAUACCUGGCAAGUUCAAUCUGCCUGACAUACCCACCUCUCCUCCAAGUACGCCUGGCCUGAAUACUGAAGAGGACUACUUCACACAGAAGGUCUUUGCGAGUGCUGUGCCGAUAUCCGACUACCAAGAUGACCUUUCCGCUCUCCCUCGAUCUCCACGGCCCAUUGUGCCACCAUCCACUGUCAACCUUGCCAUUGUAGAGCGCUACAUUCCACCGACCUCUGUGAAUGAGUUGAAAGAAAUGUUCAGCCCCAACGGGCCAUCGCUUCUUGUCGAUCGACUCGUUGAGCUUUCGCCCGCCGGUGGCUCGCUCGUCUUCAUUUAUCCCACAAAGGCCGGCGCAACAACCUUUAUGAGGGAGUAUCUCGGUCCCAUUCUUGACCCUCUUCUACGAAGCACACAAGUCGUCAACGGCAUUUCCGCGAACCUGAGUCAGGACUUGGGGACAAUGGCGGCCGCGAAACAGUUGCAGGAGUUCGAGCAGAUGCAGCAAUCGGUGGAAACAUUGUGCACCAGGCUCGCGCAGCGCGGUCGAGGCCGAUUCGCGCCUAUCUACGCAUCAAAGGCCCAGGUCAAGAUCGAGCGCGCAGCAUGGGCGAAAGACUGGUGGCCGAAACAAGAGUAUCCUAGAAUCAAAGAGGCAGUUACUCGUGCAACACAGGAAGCGCAGAAAAAGCAAAGCAAUCGAUACAUGGAAAGAGCUUCAACACCGACAGAACUCGUGUCGAGAUUGAUUGAAGGGGUGCAAAAGAAUCGUUAUCCGGUAGGCCAGGAGCCAUCGAGCGGCAUUGAAGUGAGCAUAUUUGUGAUCCAGCGUUCAGCGUAGUGGGAAUUUUCGGGAGAGCAAAUCAAUGGGAAAUAAUGAGACCAACGAUUUUGGAGCGCGCCAGGCAGGAAAGAAAGGCUGGCAGAAUGACACGGAUGCGCGUGUGGGAGAGCAGUCUACUCUAUACCCUUCUUACCAUAUUCUAAUAGGCCAGCUAUGUCAAGCCUUUGACGACAUAUAGCACAAAGCA